AGCAAAACAACGCACGCGCCGUGCGCGUUUCUCAAGCGUCUCUCAAAGAUGGCGGGCGUCCCCGAUCCACUGGAAGAUAUGCUCUACUCCGAGGUGGACGAAAAAGCCGUCAGUGACCUCGUAGGCUCGUUGGAAUCGCAGUUGGGUGGACAAAACAAGGCGGUCGGUCCUCAAGGCGACACCAGAAGACCCUCAAACGCGCUAAAUCCACACUUGGGGAAAUUGCUGCCCGCCCAAGUAGGAACAACACUGGAGCAGCAGCGGCGGCAGCCAGAGCGAAACCAGGAGGGAAACUCUCAAGAAAACGGCCCGGACAGGAUACCGGCGUCCGGUGCUGUCCCGUCCACCGCGAACCUGCCUAGCACCUCUGCAAAUUCGGUUACAGCCGCGAACCGGGUGCAAUAUCAUUCAUCAAAUCCAUCAACUUGUUCAAGUGACGCAGCACCAACAGACUCUCAGCCCAAAACAAAUCACAUUGCGUCUGCUGUCCGGUCGGUUCCCGCCAGAAUACAGACUGUGAACGGAAGCAGUGGCACGUUAAGCUCUUCUGUUAUCGCUUCUGCUCCUGCUUCUGUUAACGGUAUUGACAUUGGUUCAGGUGUAGGUAAUGGUAAAAGCAACAUGUCUGCUCCUGCUAGUACAAAUACUGCUUUUGUGUCCGCUCAGCCCAACAGCACACUGCCACAUGCGAAUGUGUCACUAGAUAGUCAAGCAAACCCCACCAUUGCACUGCACAGGCCUCCUAACACCAUCACAAGUGUGGUACACAACGGAGGUGACACCAAAGUCUCAGGAUUGCCCAUGCAGGGCGCCAGUCUUGUGCCGUUCACAAACACAGAGCCCAAAUCUGACCCUCAAAACCAGAUUAAAGCCAUCGUCCCGAACCAGCUCCCCGGGACCCCCGUAGGGUUGCACCCCAGCACACCCGCUCAGAUUAUAGUGUCGUCCAGCCCGGUGGUGACCUCACUUCCUGUGGCAAGCACGCCCUCUGCCCUUGCAAAGCCAGCAACGACUGCUCUUGUAGGACAGCCUACGACCCUGUUGAGACCCGGUGCGCCCGUUCAGGGGACGGUGACCACGACGCCCCCGCAGCGUCCAGGGGCUCCUAUGACCCAGCUGAUUGUCAGACCGCAGCAACAAACUACCAUUCAGUUACCGCCGGGAUUCACCAUACCUCCAGGUAUGGUGCUGGUACGCACGGAGGCCGGUCAGCUGGCAUUGGUUCCUCAGCAGGUCCUGGCCCAGGCCAAAGCUCAGAACCAAAAUAAAGGCACUCUGUCACCGAGACCUGCUACACCCACUGCUGGAACGGCUUUCAGAGUCACCACACCUGUUGCCCAGAAGACCGCAGUGGUAACGAUUACCUCGGCUCAGAAGCCCACCACCACAGUCAUUACAGCAGGGGCCCGUGUGCAGCCUGCGCCACAGACCGUUCUCAAGCCCUCUGUGACCCCUCAGAAUCCCAUCACCGCCUCUGCUGCUGCACCAGCUAACAGAGCCCCUGUCCUCUCUCAGGAAAUGCAAGAAAAUGUAAAGAAGUGCAAGAACUUCCUAGCAACACUCAUCAAACUGGCAUCCCAUAAUUCCCCCUCGCCGGAAACAUCUAGGAAUGUGAAGGCACUAGUGCAGGAUCUGCUGGAUGCAAAAAUCGAGCCUGAGGAGUUUACAAAUCGCCUGCAGACGGAGUUGAAAUCAUCUCCUCAACCGUACCUGAUCCCUUUUUUGAAGAAAAGUCUGCCUGCUCUGCGUCUGACUCUUCUGAACUCCCAGCAGUCUUUAACACAGCUGUCUCAGACCUCUACUACGUCCACCCCACUGACGGUGAACACCAUUAAAGCUGCAGCGCCGAGCACACAGCCCACCACUGUAUCUACCAUCCGACCGGCUGCUGCCCUGGCUCCCACUACCACCAUGAGGCCUGGGGUUCAGGCUACUCCGACACGGAUGCCGGUGGUGAUUACACAGACGGUUCGUGCUCAAGGUGCUGUUGGGACACCCUUGCAAGUGAGGAGUCCCAUGGGUGUGGCUGUUCAAGCGUCAGCCAAUCAGAAACAGAAGCUGAAUGACCCCGGGGGUGGGACUUUCAGGGAUGAUGACGACAUCAAUGACGUGGCAUACAUGGCUGGUGUGAACCUAAAUGAGGAGAAUGCCCGUAUCUUGGCCACGGGUUCGGAGCUGGUGGGCACUCAGAUCCGUUCCUGUAAGGACGAGGCCUUCCUUCCUGCCAGCCUGCUCCACAAACGUCUCCUGGAGACUGCCAAGAAGUUCGGCGUGACGGAGGUGACAAUGGAGACGGUCACUCUCAUUUCUCACGCCACUCAGUCUAGGCUGCGCUCCAUGCUGGAAAAAGUCUCGACUGUUGCGCAACACCGCGUCGACUCCUGCAAAGAUGAGGAGCUGUACGAGCAGACAUCGGAUGUGCGGACCCAGCUGAAGUUCUUUGAGCAGCUGGAGAAGAUUGAGAAGCAGAGGAAAGAUGACGAAGAACGGGAGCUGCUAAUGAAAGCCGCAAAAAGUCGCUCGAGGCAGGAGGAUCCCGAACAGGCUCGGCUUAAACAGAAAGCUAAAGAGAUGCAGCAGCAGGAACUCGCCCAGAUGAGACAGCGGGAUGCCAACCUCACAGCCCUUGCCGCCAUCGGACCCCGCAAGAAACGCAAGCUUGACUCUCCUGGGGCCUCGGCAGGUGCAGAGUUUCCUGUGGGCUCCUCCGGGUCAGCGACCGUUUCUACCUCAUCCUCCACAUCCUCAGUCCGGCAGACCCGGCAGCGCAUUACCCGGGUCAACCUCAGGGACUUGAUCUUCUGCUUGGAGCAGGAGCGAACCACAGCCAGGUCCAUGCUGCUCUACAAGGCCCUUCUGAAGUAGCACUGAUCCAGUGAGAUGGAUGAGAUCAUCCACGCUAAUGGUACUCCACCUGCUUGACUCUCAGUAAUAUGUUCAAGUCUUCCUCUCCUUCUCUGCAUUCAUCUCCGGUCUGUGCCUUCAGACUCACCUAUAGCAUGUACUCUUUGUGUCAUAACGAGCACGUUGCUGUAAAUCUUCCAAACGUAGGCAUUCUGGAGAUGAGAAGGUUCUGGAAAAACCGGCGGCGGCUGUGGACACCAUGUGAUUUCUUUUUUUCCCCCUUUUGGGUCACCCUUUUAUGGUUUUAUGUCCCCUUUGUUUUGGAUUAAUGAGCCAUCGUUUUGAGCAAUGUUUAUCUUUUUAUUCAUUAACUUGAACUCGGACUGGUUUUACGUUUCAGGAUAGAGAUUGAGGUUUGUUUUAUAUAAAUAGCAGCUGGACUUGUUUUUAACCGAAAGCCUCAUUUGCAAUAGAGACACUGGAAAUGUGAAUGCAAAGUUCCUGGUUUUAGAGGUCUAACGAGUCUGGAGUAUUUUAGUAACUUAUAAGUAGCGCAUCUAUAAGUCUCUGAGGAUCCGUGUGGAUGUUUUGGGGUUCUUUUGUUACUGAUUUAUGCAAAAUGAAGAAACUCUGUGUUGUAAAACACUGACUGUCUUUCAUCCUAUUGGAUGGUCUUUUGAAAUUCAGUGACAGUUUUGUCUCGCACACUCAGUGUGGGGUUAUAGGUGUGUACGGUUUCACUAGUGUCUGAAUUAAGUAUACUGUGAAAUGGUGCCUUACGUGGCCCUCCUGGGGCACCAUUGUUUUUAAUCAAAUCCACGGCAUGGAAUUAUCUAAUAUGCUAAUACUAAUAUGCAUCGCUUCACCAACAAUUCUAGAGCAGGAUCUCUCGUAACUUAUUUGUGGAGAAAUGGCAGGUUGUUCAUAUUGUUCAUUUGACUAUUUUUUUUAAAUACGUUCAAAAUGAGGUGGCUUUGACAGACUGCAGUAAUGAUUUUAAAAUACUAAUGUCGCAUUUUGGAUCAUGUACUUCUGUGAUUGAAAUCAAGUUCAUUAUAAAUUUGGUAUCUGUCAUUGGGCAUUAUUUUAUGUCAAGUACUGAAUAUUUGUAUAUUGCCCUUUAUGACAUGCAGUAGAAGAAAUGACGUGUUCAACGUUGACAUUUUGGAGCUGUACAGAUGUAUGUUGGGAGACAGUCAGCGUUCAUGUCGUGUGCAAUGUUUCCUUUGAGAUCUGAGGCAAAAUCUUUUUCCAUCUCUCAGAUUGGUUUUAAUUCGUAUUGUUUGUGCUGGAGUUUAGACAAACAGUAUUGAUGAUCAAGGGAUUGUCUUUUGUCUAAAAAACAUAUCUAUUAGAAUUUCUAUUUUUGCUAAAUUUAACAAUUUUUGAAUGUUUGGUUGGUUUGGAAAAAAGUGCUCAUCUCUAUUAAAUUUGUACUUUUGUAAAAGAAUAAAGUUCCUAAUUAUAAUUCUGCCAAGACUUUCUUUAAUGUUGUUUUACAUUUAAUGUGUCAAACUUGUCAACAACAUAACCAGAAAGUAAAGGAUCAAAUAAAUGUGGCCUGAUUUCUGGGACAUUUUUUUCCUGUUCACAGCUGAGUGAAAACUCAAUCAGGUGAGGCUGUAUUCUGGUGUUUACCGCCCACAUUUCAUGAUUCAGUCCAUUUCUGAUUAAAAACGUCAAGUC